GGUGCGUUUUCAAAUUCGAUGCGCGCAUUUGCAGCAUGUCUGCACCGGGGAUCGUACGGGGGGGGGCUGUCUUCCCGGUGUGUGCCCCCACUUUCCCCGGUCUCCUCCUCCUUAUUCCGCCGACCCCCCCGACGUAACUAAAGGUUGGGCGGGUGGAGAUGGAGGAGGAGGAGGAGGCGAGGAAGAGGAAGCGAAACGGGGGUGCCCAUUUUCUUCCUUUGCAGACGGAUCUCUGGCUUGGGUUGCAAUUUGCAAGCGGAGCAUGUGUAUUGGUAUAGGAAGUGUCUUUUUUUUUAAAAUAAAUAAAAGCCGGGCUAUUCAAAAGAGGGAAAGAUUAUUAAGAAUAAUACGUUAAAAAAAUAAAUAAAACAAAACACCCCUUUUGGUGCAAAAAGACCUCCGGCCAACAAUGAUUUAAUGAAAAUAAAGGCGAGGGCAAAAAGGAGCUUUUUUUUUUCCUCCCUUUUUCCCCCCCUCCGACUUUCUAGUUUUGCGGCUGCCUGAAAUUUUUUUUUUCCUCCUCUCUUUUUCUUCCCCUCUCGGAGUCCAGGCGAAGCUUCCGAUUUCUCCCUUUUUUGCAGAUCUGCAGAAUAUGGCGUCCCCGUUUCUGUUUUAAAAAUAAGCGAGGCUGCCAUUUUUGUUUCCCCUUUUGUCUGCAAAUUUUAAUAAUAAUAAAAAAACUGUCUUGAGAGUGUUGGAGAGGCAGCCCAGGGGGGAACCGGGGGCACCUGAAAAGGGGUGUUUUGCUUUGUUCUGCGGUUUUAUGCUUUUUGGGGAGGGGAGUUGGCGUUGUUGUAAUUUUGCUUUGCUUUUGUGUUUGUGAGUCUGGGAUGUUGCACUGUUGUUUUUGCUUCUUGCACUGUGAAUUGAGUGUCGAUUGCACUUUUAUUUAAGGGGAGAGAAAAAAAGAAAUGGCUGUUUGUUUAUUUUAUAUUUUUUAGAUCUGAAGUUAACUUACGCGAAAGUUGGCUAUGAAAAUAUUGCAUAAAAAAGGACACCCCCUCUCUCCCAAGUGACUCUUGAGUUGUACAGUUUUCUUUCCUUUUUCCCCCUUUCGGAAUAUUUAAGGAGUGGGGGGGGGGUUGUUUCUUUUCUUCAUGCCUUUUCUUUUAAUGGGGUAUUGUGCUCGCUUUCUUAAAACAGCUUUUGCAAAUGCCACGUUUGCCGAGGAAUAGUUUGGAAAUAAGCUGUUUGAAUUGGAAUGUGGUAUUUUCUCCUGGUGUGGAACCUGCAGCUUUUUAAAAAAAUAUUGGAGAUCCUGUCUCUCUCUCUCCCCACCCCCCUACCCCACUUUUGCAGUUCUGUAGAGAAAGGUCUGUACAGUUUCAGAGAAACAUAAGGUUUUAUAUAUGUGCACGUAUAUUUAAUGUCUCCAUGUGCAUUUGUCUCCCCGUAUAUGUGGUGUUUGGUCUAGACUUAAAUUUUAAGAUGUUUGGUGGCCGAAUCUUGUGUGUGCUAAUUUGCCAUUGGACUUAGAAAAAAGAAGCAAUGUAUCCUAAGAUAAGCAUGGAUUUAUUUUUGGACGGUAGUGGGGAGGUGGCGACAGUGGUUGGGAAAUAAAUGUGCUGGGUUUUUAAAUUUUAUUUAUUGCUCCUCCAGUGGAAUGGUGCACUGUGUAUGGAUCUGUCAGGCAUAACUCCACGUCCUUUUGUUCAGUUUUGCAAGACAGUAUGCCUUUUGGAGACUUUCUGCCCCAAAUGCCACAAUUUGACCCACCCACCCCAAAUGCCGGGUCGGGUUAGGUUGGAUUGGGUGCCUGUUCUUGAAGCAGGCCGGCAGGGAGGCCUUAGAAGAGGUGGAGGCGUUCUCAAGAGGCAGCACACAAGUUUUUGGGCCAUCCUGGGGCUGGACAUUGCUGAGAGAGGGGUUCAGAGAGCCCUGGCGUGUGCAUAUAGUUGAUCUAUUUGGCAUCUUAAGACAUUGGUUGCUUUUGUCGGUGGCAGAGAAUAGGAACUUAGCAGGUCAGGUAAGACUCGGUGAUAGAGAUGAUGUGGUUUUGGCUCCUCCUCAAGCAAGGCCAGCUAACGUUGGUGUAUGAGUUUGCAAGCUUUCGGGUCACACAGAGCUCUUCUCGAUAAUACAGGACUCCUUACACCAAGAGGAAUUGGCUUGGUAUUUCCUGUUCUGUGUUUAUUUGGCUGAUCAUUCAUGUUGCUGUUGUAUUUUGGGGGAUGGGGCUCAAUCUCUGAGAACUGGGCCCUCCUUCAUGUUUAGGAGCUGUGGUUUCAGACCACGCAUUCGUGAACAAAUACAGACCUGAUCCUUAAGUUACCAGUAUGUGAUUAUGGGGAGAAGCCGAAAGAAUACCCCAGUAAUUCCCAAAGCAUCUACUGCGGGAGAACCAGUAAUGUGCUGCUAAGAAUGAGAAUCUCCAGGGAGGAGGUUGCUCGUUGUGUCUCUGCAUUAUUUACAACUCAGGCCUUGCUUCCUGGGGACGGGCAACUCUAAAAAGUCUCAUAAUUUGGUAUGAUGGGAUCAUUCCCAGUGUAGACUGCUAACCAAAAUCACCAACACUCUAAAGGAGGCUGGCUGUUGCAUCUCUGCAUUGGUAACCACCUCAGGCUUCCAGUGAGGAGUCGCAUCUCAAACAGUGACUCAUGCAGAAGCACAGAAGUAGACUCCUGGGUUCGUGAUUCUUAGAAAAACUGGUUUGGGGGUGUGGGAAGAAUGAGGGUUCUUAUGUAUCAAACAAUGUGUUCGUGAACAAAUUGGGCCCACUCCUGGUCGUGGAUAUAUUUGUAGGGGAAUGAAUGAAGGAUCUGAUAUUCAGUGCACCGGUUAAUUUUUCCUCCCUUUACCAGUAUAACACUGGUAGAAAAACCAAGAAAUGUUUGGUUUGCAUGCUGUGUUGCUGUUAUUUCUCUUGUUCCCAACUUCACCCAGAUUGGCUUCCUCCUGGAGAACAUCCCCCCCCCCCGGCCCAUCCUCUUUUCCCUCACAAAAAUCGUCCACGGGGGUCAAACACACCCACUCCCCUCCACAGAGUGACCAGCAACCAAGGCUUCGAUGGAGCCUUUUGUCUUGCCUCUUGCUGGAAGAUUCUGUGGGAAAGGGCACUUGGUUCCGCUCCUCCAGCAGAGAGGCCUUGGCAAAGCGACUUAUUUUGAGGGAAAUGCUCCUCGUGCGUUCUCCUUCCUGGUGGAGAUGCUUAUAUGAUAGUUGAUGGUGUGAACUAAAGCCGCCAGUCAAUGAGGGCAAAUGGAGUAAACGGCAGCGCACUGCCGCGCCGAAUACAGCCAUUAAACCGAACUCAUGGGAGACAGGCGGAUAGAUAAAUGGCUUCUUGGAAAGUGCUCCUAGUUGAGGAAACAGCUCCGGCAUCAUGCUUGUACAGGACGGUUGUUGUUGACCGAGCGCAUGUGGGUCAGCCGGAGACGUUUGUUCCUUCCAUUUAAACAUAAGAACAUGAGGAGAGCUCUAGUGGAUCAGGCCAGUGGCCCACCUAGUCCAACAUCCACUUCAAACAGGUGCAGAAACCCACAAGCAGGUCCCAUGCACAAGCGCACUCUCCCCUCCUGUGGCUUCCAGCAACUGGGAGUCAGAAAGCAUUACUGCCUCCAGCCCUGAAGGUGCAACAUAGCUUUGUGCCUAGCAGCCAUUUCACCCUCUGGAGGAGGGGUGGUGGUCAUGGUUCAGGGCCCCAUCACCCACAUCUUGGCUGCCCAGAACCUCGUUGGGAAUCUCGGGGUGUGUGUGUGUGCAACCAGUAUUCAAAAUUAGCCAGGUGCGUUUUGCGUCUGGCGCAGGUCCAGUUGCGACCAUGUGGAGAUCUCAGGGGGGGCAGGUUGGCGACUGAGGAAAGCAAAAGGUCACUUAGAGAAGGAUCUGAAAUGUUUUCCUUGAAGCCUGGAUUUGUUUUACUCGGCAUUGUUUGAUCUGGAGGUGUUGCGACCUGCUUUUGAGAGUUGUUCUUUAAAAUAUAAAGCGAUAUAGAAAUGAAAUUAAUAAUAAUAAUUAUAACAACCGCAAACAUCAAUGGAGAAAAAUGAUGCCUGGACAUUCUGUUGUGAUGACUGUAACCUAGGUUUACGGUGCCUUUUGGCGAUUAGAGAAUAUAUCUUGAGUUUCUAAAUUUGCAUGUGACAGUUGCAUGGUUCCCUUGCUGCUCAUACAAGGUGGAUCAGCAAAUGAUCUCCCUUUGAUCAUAUAUUUAGUGGAGCAGGAAUAGCGGGAAGAACUUAGCUCUGGGCUUUUUCUCCCCUCAGAGCGCUGGUGUCUGCUGCCCUCCUGGUUCUGGCAAAUGGAUGAGAUGAUAAUGAGGCUUUCAAGUUUUACUACCGAUUAGUAUAGACCAGUCUGUGCCAGCUUUUGAAAAAUCUGGGGCCACAGUGCCCAUCAUCCCUGACCAUCUGGCCAUGGUGGCAAGAGUUCAACAAUAUAUGGUGGGCAGCAAAUUGGAGGAGGCUGGUGUAGAGGGGGUGGAAGAAUAAGGAAAAUAAUGGAGGAGAUACUCAAAAGGUAGAGCACCUGCUUUUUAUGCAGAAGCCCCUGGGUUCAAUCCCCAAAUGGCGUCUCUAGGUAGGGCUGUGAUUGUUGCCUGCCUCAAAUCCUGGAGAGCCACUGGACAGUGUAGACACUGAGCCAAGUGAACCAGUUGUCUGGCUCCGUAUAUGCCAGUUCCCGUGUUCCUAAUUCAUGGUAGUAGUUUAAAUGGCAAGACCUUGGGAGAUGGUUUGCAUUUCUGUUUAGAAGUUAAAGGACGCAUGUUUAGCCUGGAGAAGAGAAGACUGAGAAUUGAUAUGAUGGUCAUCUUCAAAUCUCUGAAGGGCUGUCACAUCAAAGAUGGAGCAGUAUUGUUUUCUGCCACUCCAGAGGGUAGGAACCAAACCAGGGGAUUCAAAUGAUGAGAAAGGAGAUUCUGACUAAACAUGAGGAAGAACUUUAUGGUGGUUAGAGCUGUUCAACAGCAGAACAGGCUCCCUCGGAAAGUGGUGGACUCACCUUCAUUUGAAGUACUUAAGCCAAGGUUGGGUGAGCUUCAGUCAGGAAUUCUUCAGUAGGGGGUUGGCCUAGAUGACCCUUGUGGUUCCUUCCAGCGAUGCAGUUCCAACUUCCAACGGGCUUGUGCUGAAGCUCAAAUGUGUCUUCCUACAAGUUAGAGCAACAUGGCCAGAAGUGAGCUCCUCUGAGUUCAUGGAAAAUUCUCAGGUAACUCUUGUGUAGCAUUGCAGUUGUGCUGCCUGGUUGAUCAAGGUUGUGAUCCCAGCUCCGCGUCUGUUCACUCGCCUUGCUGCAGCCAAAUUCCAACAGGCUGUCGUCCAUCUAAUAUUCUAUGACUCUCGCAGAUCCACACAGCCAUCUGCAUUGAUACACUCUCCUUGGGAGCAUAGCUAUGGGCUGGUUUCAAAACGAACCACUUCGUUGCUUUUCGAGAAGUUUGAAGCUUGAGCCCCACUCCUAGUAUAUAGAGAUAAUAUUGUGAUGAUGAUGCUUAGCGGGUUUGCAGCAUACUGGAGUUUUAGGUACAUGAAUUGCCCUGUAAGGCUGGCUGGUAUUAUCCUCUCUGUACUGUAUUGCGGUUGGGGCUGAGGCUUAGAUGUUGGCUUGCUGUAGGCUGCCUCUUCUGUGGGUCACUGGCCAUUGCUGGCUGGGGCUGAUUGGAGUUGGGUGUACAGAUUCAAAAGCAGCUAAUUCGCAGUUGUAGAAUUAAGGAGCAGGAUUGGGAGCAGUUAAGAAGCUUAAGAACAACCUCUUUCCAUAUGAACCAAACCAGGUCCUGCAAAUGUCAUCUGGGCCCCCUCUUUCAUGUUCCCCUUCCAUGGGAGAUCUGGGGAGUGGCAACAGGAGAAGGGGCCUUUUCAGUGGUGGCUCCUCAUUCGAGGAAUACUCUCCCUGGGGAGGCUCUUGUUACAUAUCUUUAGGCAUCAGGCAAAAACUUUCCUCUUUAGCCAGGCAUUCGGUCUUCUAUAAGUCUGGCCUUUUGAGUGUGGGAGAAUGUUUUAAAAUGUAUCUUUAAUGUAUUAUUUUAAUUUGUUUGUUUCUUUGUUUUGGUUUUAAUGUAUCUGUGGGGUUUUGUUUGUUUAUUUGGUUGGAAGUUGCUUUGAGUUGCCUUUGGCAACUCAAUUUAAUAAAUAAUCAACUCAAUUCAAUUAAUAAAUAAUAAACAAACAAUAAAUUCAAUGAAUAAUAAUAAUAAUUGUAGGGUCAUAUUUAAUAUCUGUAGCCCAGGAUCAUAUUUCCAGCUCAAACGUUUAGUUAGAUGCAAGUUAUUCCGGCAUAAAUCAUACAAGGAGACAGACCAGGGAAGAAUAGUUAAAUGUUGCUUGUCUCUAGUACAGUGGAACCUCUACGAAUUUAAUGCGUUCCAAACGCACAUUUGUAAGUCGAAAAAAAUUGUAAGUCAAAUCCCACAGGAAUGCAUUGGGAGAAAAAAUUCAUAAGUCAAAGCAACCCUAUCUAAAAAUUCGUAAGUAGAAAAAAUCCUAUCUAACCCACAUCCAAGAUGUCGGACGGAGCUCCAUUCGUAAGUAGAAAUAUUCGUAAGUAGAGUUAUUCAUAAGUAGAGGUUCCACUGUAUUUGAUAUUCAGCUGCUCAUUUUUUUUUAGAAAAACCUCAAAGCAGUUUACAGAAAAGAUGAAAGAAUAAAAUUAUCACUAAAAAAACGGUGGCAAUAAUUGAAGAUAUUCAAAAAGUUGAAAUAACAAGACUAAAAGAAGAUUUAAGACUUGCAUCAACUUUCUCAACAUCUGAGUUAAGCACCCAUCUCCCACUCAGUAAAUCUUGCCUAAGGGACCCCUGACCAUUAGGUCGAGUCUUGACCGACUCUGGGGUUGCGGCGCUCAUCUCGCGUUAUUGGCCAAGGGAGCCAGCAUACAGCUUCCAGGUCAUGUGGCGAACCAGAGCAGUGCACGGAAAUGCCAUUUACCUUCCCACUUGGAGCGGUACCUAUUUGUCUACUUGCAGUUUGACAUGCUUUCGAACUGCUAGCUUGGCAGGAGCUGGGACUGAGCAACGGGAGCUCACCCCGUCACGGGGAUUUGAACCACCGACCUUCUGAUCGGCAAGCCCUAGGCUCUGUGGUUUAACCCACAGUGCCACCCACAUCCCUAAAUCUUGCCUACCUGUGCUUUAAAAUUGGGAGGGGGGGAAUAAGUUUGGGAACCCUGUUGUUUCCCUGCUAAUGGGUAGUUUCUCUUAAAAUGUUGGGUUUGGGGCUACAAGUGGCCCACUGGGCAGUUUCUGGUAGGCUCUGAGGCCUUCCUGAAAAGCAUGGGUCCUACUGGGAUUUCCCUGGCACGUGCUAAAGAGGCAAGCUGUUUUUCAGGGCUCGUUUCAAGACUUGGAAUGAAAAGAAGCUGGCCUCUUCAGCGCUUCAUGUGGCAAAGUGACAUUUAAUUGGAAGGAUGAAGAAAUGGACGGGGUGACGUGAGGAUACCUGGGGUGCCAUAUAGUAGGAAGAAAAAGAGAGAGGGACUUUCACAUCUCUUCUAUAACGACCCUAAGUCAUUGUUCAAGCGCAGGCCAAAUAUUUUUAGGGCCCAUCUUAUUUUUAUGGUUGCAAGUUAUUUUGUGGUUGUGGUUUAACCAUCAGUCCUUCCCAGGGAACUCUGGGAAUUGUUCAAAGUGGCAUCCUCAUGCUUUAAAAGACUGGUGUGGAUGUGACCCAAAGUUCCCCAAUUGCAGUGGGCCUACCCUGGGUUAUGGCAUCACUUUGUACUUUGUACCCAGAGCAGAUUGAGUUUAUUUUGACACCUGGCAGAAAAAUCCCAGAAAUCCUGUCUCUGGCAGCAAUUAAUUAAUCAAAGGGCUAACUGCUUGACAUCCUAGCUGAUUUGCCUGAGGCGGCCACCUCAGCGGCCUACACAGAGGUGGGGAGCCUGUGAGGGCUCUCCCAGAUGUGGUAGGCCUCCAGCUGCCAUCAGCCCCCAAAGCAGGACCAAUGGCUGGAGGUGAUGGGAGCUGGAGUGGUUGCUUGGCAACCGGCUGGUGGGCUUCCCUAUCAAGCCCAAGUCACUGGGACGGUUCAGGGGAGAGCACAGGAAGUCUCUAGGAAACAACCCUUUUGGCAUUCCCUUCAAACAUACAUUUUGCCACCUAGUGCCUCAGCAGCUAUUUUUACGCCAGGCUCGCCUAUCUGUUCCUCAGGAGUAGCAGCAGGGUAAACUGAGGCGGGUUUGUGGGCCUUUCAGAGUAAUGCUGCCUAAUUCUGGCGGAUCAGAUAGACUGCUCCUGAUGGAAGCUUACAGUCACCCUGGUCAGUAGCCAUCGACAGCUUUUUUUCCCCUCCCUUAAUUUCUCCAAAACCUACCUCCACUCCUUUGAAGCUGCCUAAAUCAGUGACACAGCUCAGGCAGCAAAUGCCAUUGUUUAACUACUUGAUCCAUUCACUGGGAACUGCAAGGUUGGACUUUUGCAAUGCCGUCUGCUUGGCUCGGAAGCUGCAGCCGGGGCAAAAACCAGCAGAUAGGUUGUUAAGCAGGCCGGCUUGCCAAGGACGUGUCACACCAGUUCUAAAGGAGUUCCACCUGGCUGCCAAUAUGCCACCAAACUCAAGGUGUGUGCACUAAAAUUUAAAGCCCAGUGCAGCUUCGAAUGUGGGUGCUUGCUUUAUUUAUUUGCAUUUAUUUAUUUUAAAAUAUACGUUCCUUUUCUGGGGGAAGACCACCUAAAGCAUCUCAUGACAAUAAAGACAAGUAAAAAGAAAAAUUAGUGUGACUGAAACCAGGAAGGAAACCUAAGAAUAAAACAGAAGGAAAACAAGAACAGACACAAAUAGCACCACCAUAUUCCAGCUUUCAUCCAGUCUGUGGGACAGAAUAUCAUUCAGGGGAAAGCCAACGAAGGAGCUUCCAUAAAACCUGGAGAGUUGCCUCCCUACUGGGAGGGGGUUACAAAGGUGCAGCCUCAGAUGGAGUGGAAGCUGUGUGUGGCCUCCCUGGGAAGCCGGUUCCGCAGCUGUGGUGCUACCACCAAGUGAGCUCUGCUUGAACCCCACCUGGUUUUAAAUCAUGCAAAGCAGGGACACCAGCACAUCUCAAGGAAUAGGAAGAUGCUGAUGGAUGGAGACAUUAUUACAGGCAGGUUGGAUCUGUGCCAACAUCUGGAACUGGAGGCAGCUGUGUAGUUUGAGACCUUUAAAACUACUCUGCCACCUGCCCAGACCUAUAUAUCUCAGUGAUUUGUAGCUAGAAGGAAAAGACCUGCUGGCUGGUUGAACAUUCCAGAUGUUACAUUAGGUUCUAGGGAGCUCCUUGUGGAUAUGGCGCUGGUAAAGUAAAGCUUUGCUUCUGUUGGAAGAGAGGAGAUACCUUUCUACCCUUAGAAUUUGUUUUACAGGGUUUAAGAUUCAGUAGUUUCUAUAACCUUGACAAACUGUUCAUCAAAUUGGUGAAAAUUGAUUCAUGCAACUUCGGAUCUCGAAUGGUAGAUUUUCUUGUUGUUUGUGUUAUGCUCAUUCUCUCUUUGAGUUGUAUAUUCAGUAUAAGUUUAAGAAGAAAGGAAAGGAGAUAGUAGAAAACAGUUUUUGUAAGUUUCCUCUGCAUGGAGCCGAUUUUUACCAGGCCAGUGGCUAUUUGCAUGCCUGAUGCAGUACAAAUGAUCCAGAAGCAGAGUCCAGAAUCUGGGCUUCACUAGCUCGGGACUGUAGCCCUGUGUGUGUUUUUCCCCCUCCUUGAAUGUUCAGGGUUCGUUUUCAUUAGUAACAACCCUACUAGUCAUAAAGGCUAAGCUGUGGAUUCACAGUCGGAGGCAGCGUCCCUCUGAAUAUCAGUGUGCCUCUGAAUACCAGUUUCUAGAAAUCACAGAUGGACAGAGUGCUGUUUCACUCACCUGAUGCUGGACUAGAUGGGCCAUUGGCCUGAUCCAGUAGGUUUACGGAAUACAGGAGGGGAGAGCGCUCUUGUGCUUGGCUCCUGCUUGCAGGUUUCCUGUUGGGGCACCUGUUGGCUAGACUUGUGUGCAACUGCAACACCUGUUUGUUGCAGAAAAAUCGCGGACAUGUUUUGAGGAUGCACAUUCUCUGUUGUUCUGGCUUUGGCAUUAUCCAAAUUUAUGAAGAGCCUGCUGGCUCAGGCCAAUCUCUAUCCACUCUCUCCAUGCUGUGUUUAAUUUUAUAAAUGUGUAUCGUGCUGCCUCUCUCUCACUCGACUUUUCUGUAACCUAAAAAGUCCCAAGUGCUGUAGCAUUUCUUCAUGGGGGAGUUGCUCCAUCUCCCUUUGAUGCUUUUGGUUACCCUAUUCUGACAUUGUAUGGGGGGGGGGGGCCUCUGAGACCCCAUUGGCAGCCUGAUGAAUGCACACGAUAUAGCACGCUGGAACAUGGGAAAACCAGUGAUAGUCCUACUCAGAGUAGACAUGCUGAAAUGAAUGGACAUUCCUGCCUUAGGUUCAUUGAUUUCAGUGGGUGUAUUCUAAGUAGGAUUUGGUUGGAUACAGCCCAGGGCUGCCAUCCACAGCUAAGUUUGGCAGCAUUUGUAGUUCCAGGCCAAGGCUUAAUCUCUAGAGACUGGCUCCCUUUUACAAGAGAGGUGACAGGACAGCUUAAUUUGUUAUUUAAUCCUCCACACCACAUUUCCUCUCCAGUUGCUCUCAAAUCUUGUGCUUAGUCUUUUAAAUUUUUGAGCAAUAAUUUUUUUCUGAUGCCCUGCCAUUCCAGGUGCCAGCUCCAAGUUUUAUUUAUAUAUUGCGUUUAUAUCUCACCCUUUCUCUAAGCGGCUUGAAGUGGCAUACACAGUUCUCCCUCCCCCACAAAGAAAUUUCUUUAUCUUUAUCCUGUGAGGUAACGUGGGCUGAGAGACAGUGACAGGACCCCAAAUUGAGCUUCAUGGCUGAGUGGGGGAAUUUGAAAUCUGCUCUGUCCCAAGUCUUAGUCCAGGUCUUAGUCCGUCACUCAGAUCUCUAACCACUACGCCACAUUGCCUCUCUAAUUGGCACUACCCAACACUCUGGCUCCUCCCCGGUCAUUUUUUCCUCAUCAGUUCUAUACGCACAAGCACUAUUUUGAAUCGGUCUUUUCCUGCAGUCAAAACACCUCAGUUGUAAAACCAGAGAGAAGUGGUGCAAAUAGCCCGUAUCGAGUGACCCAGAGGUUGGUCCUGACUGGCAUUUCCCUCCACGAGUUGAGAGGUAGACUGCCUCUGGACUUGGAGGUUCUGUUGAGCUAUGGGGGGCUUACAGGACCAUCCGCAGCUCAAGAGCUCAGCUUGGUUCUCUCUCUCUCUCCAGGGGUUGGGCAGUGUUUGCCAGCGUAUCCCUCCCCAUCGGCGAACCUGCCAUUUCUGCAUGGGGGGAAAACAAACAUCUUAUUUAUUUCUCUUUAUUUCAGCAAGGCGAGACAGAGGGGGCCUCAAAAGCAGAGCAGUCCCACAUGGGGCCCUAGCUUGUUUUAACAACAGUUGGGUAGGAGCUGGCGAAGGCCUGUGAAACCCCCAGGCCAGCCUUGGGCACUGGUGCUCGUACCUGCCUGCACCAGCGGGGGACCGUCUGCCGCCCGCCAGCCUGGAGCACCAUCUACACGUCUCCUCGGGCAGCUGCGGCCACCGGGCUUCCGAGGCCAGCCUGAUGGCGGAGCCGCGCUUUAACAACCCCUACUUCUGGCCACCCCCUCCCACAAUGCCCAGCCAGCUGGACAAUCUAGUUCUCAUCAACAAGAUCAAGGAACAGCUCAUGGCAGAGAAGAUCCGGCCCCCCCACCUGCCCCCGACUUCCGUGUCUUCCCAGCAGCCUCUGCUGGUGCCCCCCUCACCUGCCGAGGGGAGCCAGUCCAUCAUGUCUAUCCCCAAGCUGCAGCAGGUCCCUGGGUUGCACCCUCAGGCGGUCCCCCAGCCUGACGUGGCCCUGCAUGCCCGCCCGGCCACCAGCACCGUCACAGGUUUGGGGCUGGGGUCCCGUGCCACGGCCGUCAGCACCUCGGAAUCCAGCGCCGGGACGGGCACCAGCACUCCCUCCACCCCCACCUCCACCACGCAGAGCCGCCUCAUUGCCUCUUCGCCCACCCUCAUCUCAGGGAUCACCAGCCCCCCGCUCUUGGACUCCAUCAAGACCAUUCAGGGUCACAGCCUGCUGGGGGCGCCCAAGGCGGAGCGUGGCCGCAAGAAGAUCAAGGCAGAGAACCCCACGGGGCCCCCCGUCCUGGUGGUGCCCUACCCCAUCUUGGCUUCGGGCGACAUCGGCAAAGAAGGGAAGACAUACAGGUGUAAAGUCUGCCCCCUCACUUUCUUCACCAAGUCAGAGAUGCAGAUCCACUCCAAGUCCCACACAGAGGCCAAGCCCCACAAGUGCCCCCACUGCUCCAAAUCCUUCGCCAACGCCUCCUACCUGGCGCAGCAUUUGCGCAUCCACCUGGGUGUCAAGCCCUAUCACUGCUCCUACUGCGAGAAAUCCUUCCGCCAACUUUCCCACCUCCAGCAACACACCAGAAUUCACACCGGAGACAGACCCUACAAGUGCCCUCACGCCGGAUGUGAAAAGGCAUUCACACAGCUCUCAAACCUCCAGUCUCACCAACGGCAACACAACAAGGACAAGCCCUACAAGUGUCCGAACUGCUACCGGGCCUACUCGGACUCUGCCUCGCUCCAGAUCCACCUCUCGGCACACGCAAUCAAGCACGCCAAGGCCUACUGCUGCAGCAUGUGUGGGCGGGCCUACACUUCAGAGACCUAUUUGAUGAAGCACAUGUCAAAACACACGGUGGUUGAACAUCUAGUGAGUCAACACUCUCCUCAAAGGACGGAGUCUCCCAGUAUCCCUGUCCGAAUCUCGCUCAUCUGAGUCUCGGGGAGCAGCUUCCACCGCCCGGCCUGGCCCCGCUCCCAUGCAGCCACCUCCUCUUGAAUCCCAGAAGUGGGGAGCAAAAGACAAGUACACUUUGGCAUCACGGUCAAACAACCCACGGUCCCUGCUCCGCAGCACCCCUCCUGCCAUGGGGGGGGGGGGGAAGAGAUUUUUCGUUCCAUGUUGUUGGCAGCCAAAGACAAUCCCAGAGCACUUUGAACAUGUCCACACCUCUCCCUUCCCUGUAACAGAGCCUCUGCCGCUCUGGAUCCCCACUUCUCUCCCCUCCAAGAUCCCUGUUCCACUUUAAUUUCGCACAGGAAAAUUGUCACCCAACGGGCCAGGAAUUUGCAAAGCAGAUAACGGGGAGCCGGCCCCCUUCUGGACUCUUCUCUGGAGCCGCUACAGGACUGCCUUGGCCAAAAAUGGGGCAGCGUUAGGUGAUUUGUGCUGCUCGCUGCAGGGGGGGGGUGGGCACCCCAGGAGUGGCCUUUGGCUAGGGUGGGCACGGUGGGAGGUGAUGAGUCUCAGAGGCUGCAACAUCACGCGGUCAGAAGCCAUGACCCAUUGCGCCAGUGUUGGUGCAACGGAUUACAUCAAUGCUCAGAGGUAAUGAGGUUGCCACACCUUCGGCUAGGAGGUGGAAGGGAGUGGGGGGGGGCUGUCCUAGAAAUAGAUGAGGGGGCACCUUCGGAAUAUGGUUGGGAGACACCCUGUAGCAGGGGGGAAGUUGGCAAGAGACUGGCAGUGUUAUGCGGAUUCAGAAGUACACAAAGCUUUGCCCAUCACUUUAAUCUUGAGGCACCACGCGAAAGCCUGCCCACCUGCAGUGCCAUCCUUGUGUAUGGGUAGCCUUCAACCCUGCUCUCUCAUUGUAUGGAAAAGGAGGAGAGGGGGCUGGGUCUUUUCUGCGGGGAGGAAAGAUGGGCAUUGACCUGGUCCUGGGUAAUGCUGCCAUUCGGCUCACCCACAGUAAGAUGUGCCAGUCCAUUUCUCCCAUCUCUGCAGAGGGCUGCCAGCUGACAGAAGUGAAGCCCCAAGGGUGUUUUGGGGCAGAAGACAGGUGUGGGGGGGGUGGCUCUUGAUCCUGGCUGCCCUACCCUUCGAGACUGCUUGCAGUCUCUCCAGGGAUACCUCCAGCACUGGUUAGCAGGGCUGGAAGAACCUAGGGCUCUCCUCCCAGGGCGUGCCCACAGCAUUGGUGGGGUGGGUGGGGCACAGGUUCCUCCCUAGCCCCAGAAAAGAAACAUAAGCAAGUUGCUCAUUCCAAUUUCCAUUUGAACAUGGCGAUAGCAGGCACAUAUUUGCAGAAUGGUCAUCCUUUCCCAGUUGCUGUCGUUUGAGGGGGGGGGGGGGGUUGAUCCCCUUGCACCAAGAUCUAGGGGGAUUAGAGAGUUUUAAAAAAAAACACCCACACACCAGUAUUCCAGAGAAUUCUGGGAUUCCCAAAGGCUCGUUUGCUUGCAAAGCCACGUUCUGUUGCCUUGAGAGGGGUCAGCUUCCUAGUGACUCCAGAGGACUGAGCACCUCCUAGAAUCCCCCCCAAAAAAACCCAUCCCCUAAGCAAGUAGUUCCUGGAAGCCCCAUUGAUUGAGGGGAAGCUUCCAGGCGGUUCAGAAAAUCUGCAAACCGCAGCAACACAGAAAGUGUGGUUAUGAUCCUCUGCCACUCUUUCCUCAAAUUCCUGUCAAAUGGGAAAAACACCUUUUAAAGCUGUAUUGAGACACUAAAUUUGCUACCCAAGAUUGGAAACAGAGGACAACAUUGCAGUUUCCCGGGGGGGGGGGGGGGGGGAGCCUGUCAAAUGGCACUUCUUUUUCACUUGCUAUGUUUUAGCCAUUUCCAGUUUUCCCAGAUGCUACAUGUGCCCCAGGUCUCCCCCCCCCACUGCCAUGGGUCAACGGGUCAUCUGUGGCCACCCCUGUGGCUGAGGAAAGGCCAUGGCCUCCUGGGUGCUGUAAAGAGGAACAGCUCAAAGCGCCAACAUGAUGGCACCCUCUCUGGCUCUUAACGUCUUCUGUGGCUCCUUGGAUAGCUGUGAAGAGACACUGGCAUGAUGCCAACUGCUCUUGCCCCAGGAGCCCCUCACCAAAAGAAAAAAGUAGUUUUUCUGAGGUAGUGCUGCACCUCCCUCAAACCAAGGUCUCAUGGCAGCUCUCUCAAGGGCACAUCGGCUCAUUGCCCGGCAGACUGGAAAGUGCAAGGAAAAGGGGCCACAAAACUUCCCCAAACCACAAGACUUAAAAACCGCCUCUAUAUUAUGUACCCUUCAAUUGUGUUUUUUUAAAAAAUAUAUAUGAACUACUUUUUUUAAGAUAAACUUUUUAAGCCUUAAAAAUAUAUAAUUUUGUUUUUUAUCAGUUGUUUCUUUUACUGUUUGUAUUUGAUUUGAUCUUUUCUU